AUGGCGGACCAGAACUCGUCAGGCCGACCGCAAAAGCGCCUCAAAACUGACCACCAAGCUUACGAUCCUCAUCCCCUGGGGUCAGCGGCCGUCGAUGACAUGGACUCGGCAAACCGCGUUUCAGGCACCUCUGGCUCUUCUGGAGACACCGAACCGCUCAGCCCUAGGCGUUUCGCGGAAUAUCAGGGUCAGGACAAACUGCCUGUUGGGGCUUCAGGUGCAUCUGGCUCCAGACAUGUCUCUUCCAGAGGCCCUGGGCUGUUCGGUCCUACCAGUCCUACCUUUCCUCCUCCAGCUGAUCGGGGCAUUCCUCGUUUUUUAUCUUCACUAGACACUUCACAACAACAUCGCGUCCAAAACGUUGAAGACCCCUUCAUCUCUCCACAGGGAUCUGAAGGCCCUGGCUCGCCUAUUCGUGAGUCGAUCGAGAAAGAAAACACAAACCAGCGCCGAGUUAUGUGGGCGGAGCAGAGUUCACAAUCCCAACGGGAAGGCCAGCUGUUGACUGCUCCAGCACCUCCGUUCGGUCCAUUGGAGCGCAGGGACUACGAGCGGCGACAAAAUUCGCUUCCCUUGGCGCAGGUUACGCAGGGACGUCCAUAUAGUAUGGAGCCUCCAUCGGUCCCUAUUCUACCGCAGCCAAGCCCUCUCAAGAGAGCUUUUGUUCGAGGAGGCAGUGUGCCACAGGAAAUCCCAAACGUACCAGAUGCAGGUGUGGGAUACGACCACUCCGGUUUCACGAACCGCUCCCCAGGGACGCAGCCCAACAGAAGUACCUAUGCCGGGAUUCAGACAGAAUCGUUUGAACGGCGUCGCAUGUUAGAGAGCAUAAAUGUUGCCCGGAACGCCCUUUCUAACCUUGCGGCGUCCAUGACUGGAAAGACUGGAGAAGAGGCCAGAAGUCCUGAUGAUAGCGACAGUGAAGUGCGGCUCCUACCGAAGGAGGCACGACGGCGACGGCCGAGUUUGGGGUUCAAUUUCGACCCGGAAAGCGAACGCCAGCGCGAGCUCGAAGAACGAACUGAGGCCGAAGGACCCGGUCCCAUGGCAGUAAUUGGACAAUUAGACCCACUUCCUGGCAUUUCACGGAAUGAUCCGCGGCCACUGACAGGCGGGGGAUCGGCAGUAUCUCGAGCAGUCCUUGAAGGACCUAUGAGUUGGUUGGGUAAUUAUUAUCAGAACUCGGCGAACUACCUCCGGGUUGACUCGAGGCAAUUCAGGGACGUGACCUCAGAAUCGUCAGAAGCACACCAACGAGGAUCAUUCAAGUCAUCAAGUGGAAGUACCGACAGGGCAGAGGAAGAAAGCGAUAACGAGAACGAUAGCAAAGGGAAUAAAGAAAAUGAACCGCCGAAGAAGGGGCACGGGAAAGAAGCAAGGGUGGAGGAAGAAGGAAAUAAUAAUCACAACAAUCCACCGUCGGAGAGCAGAGAGAACGAAAACAAAGAGAAUGAACCACCGCGGAAAGGAGCUAGCAAACCCAGGGCAAAGCCGCCGUAUAUUAGAGACUCAUCCAUCUCUCGAAAGGCCGAUGAGGAGGAACAUUAUAGUCAGAACGAGUAUUCCUCCCACGACGAAUACAACAACGGAGCCGACAACGACAGCAACAUCACGGAGCCAAAAGUCAAAGCAACAAACGCAGAGCAAGAGGAAGACAAGGGCAGCGGCACAGGAACGGGCAGAUCAACACUCUCGCCAGGACUCAUCCGCAGCGAAGCCAGCGAGAAGGAACCCAACACGAGCAGCAAGGUCGAAAAAGGUUUGAGGGACAUGCGCAAUUCAUUACACUCGUCUUUUUGA